GCCAGUUGAAGGGCACAGUACGUCCCAAUGUCCUGUGAUGAGCGGCCUCAAGCAACCAGAGGCUCUGAAGUGUGGUGUCGUUGCAACAGCAGAGGGCAUCUCAUUUCUGCAGUGCACUCAUGCGAAGCAGAUGCCAACCGACAACGCUUCUGCUAUUGGUCCAGGGAGCUGUCAUCAUGCCUUCCAAGGCAAGCACCAACUACAGAGAACCAAGUGGACUGUCCAAAGGCAUUGCAGAGUUUGCCGACGACCUUGCACCGUCCAGGUUUGCUGACCCUUGCAGCUUGGAACGUCGAGUGGCUUUUUGACGGAAUCAAUGACCCAUUGCCUGUUCCACAGAUGGAUGCAGCCAAAGUGUCAUCCAAAAUUCAGGCAGUAGCUGCCGUUCUUCAGGAGAUUGGUGCAGACAUCAUUCAUUUUGCCGAAGUGGAGAAUUGCAGAAUUUUGAACUUGGUGGCGGAAAGACUGAAUGGUUCAUACAACCCUCUGAUGAUAUCAGGAACUGACACCCAUUUGCGGCAGCAGGUCGCCUUGCUGACAAGUGUGUCCCCAACAGCAUCUCUGACGCGAAGUGCGGAACGUGUUGAGCUGGUUGCCCAUGGACGUGGGCAAGGUGAGAGCACUGGGCUAAGUAAACAUUUGAUCGCAGACUUUUCCAUAGCUGGGCGGCAGCUUGAGAUUCUGGGGCUGCAUUUAAAGGCCCAGCCACACCAACCAGAUGCACGUUUGAAGCGUGAAGGUCAGGCUAGAAUUGCACAAAGCAUAAUUCGAAAAGCCUUAGAAAUGGGCAAGGAUGUGAUUGUCCUUGGGGAUUUGAACGACUUCGAUUCGGAGGUCCUCGGUCCUAGUGGUGAAGUUCCCACCUCUUCUGUCCUUCGAAUGUUGAAAGAUGUCGACGACGAUGGACGUCCAGACCUUUGGAAUGCUCUCAGCCGCAUCCCCGUGGCGGAGCGCUACUCAUCUUGGUAUGACAGGAACCAUGAUGGAAGGUUCCAGUAUGGCACUGAAAGGGAACUGAUAGAUCAUGUGCUUGUGUCCAACUCUCUAAGAAAUGCCGUCGUAGAUGUUGGCAUUUUGCACAGGCACGAUCCGACCAUAGUGAGCGACCAUUGGCCCUUGUGGAUCCGAAUCAAUCUUGAAGCAUUGGCUUCUGCGACUCCUUAUCACUCCUCUGCAGAAGAGACAAGACCUUCGUCGCGGAAACUCAUGACAAGCGUGCCAGGAAGGGACAUUUUUAUCGAUUUUACUGCCGCAUGGGGGGUUUUAGCAGCUGGUCUCUUGCUGGUGAUUUGGUGCAGCAAACGAUUUGGGUCAGGGGAGCGCGCAGCACGGCACGAAAAAGAGCAGCCUUGCCCAUUGAUGUGGAUGUUGCUUCCGGCAUUUAGUUCCACUAUGACCACCAUUGUGCACAGCCUUGUCUCAGCCACUGCAGCGAGUUGCUUCAGGGCGCUACAGGUGGUGGCCCUGCGGCCUCCUGAGGAAAUCCCUAGGACCGCUUCAAAGGAUGCUCCCAUAUCUCCGGUAUCGUUUGGCUGGGCGAGCGAAGAGCAGAAGGAGAAGGACCUGGUGCAUGCGACGGCAGAAGCACUGCCAGAGCUGCAUGCUUGCCUGGAUUCCUUGCGGAAGCGGUUGCAGCAAGAGAAGGACACCGCGCCAGAAGUGAAUCAGAAGUUGCGAAUAAUUGCCACUGAUGAAGACAAGAUGAGCAAAGAUGACAAGCGCGAAUUCAUAAUGUUUGAAGGUCAGCAGGAAUACGAUUGGGAGAGGCAAAUUAGCCUGAAGAUGAAGGAGCAGAUGAGGAAAAGAGACGUUCAUACCAAAGAGUGUCUCCAAAGGGUUUCAAGGGCAUUGAACCGACGGUGGCGCCGUGAGCGCGACAGGGAAAAAGCCCGAAGCCUCGAACGAAUCGAUGCCCUAAUAAAGGCCAUGGAUGCCACUGAGGCUGAGCUGGACAGAAUCCGGAAAGAGCACUUGCAAAUUGCCCAGGAGCAGGUGGACGAGCUGGAGUCCGAGCGACGGCGGCUGCAGGAACAAACCCGUGUUUUGAUGGGUGCAGCCUUGGUCGUGCGGCAAGAGAAGGCUCGUAUCAAUCAGGCUUGGUACGCAGAGCCUCGUGAGAAACGAGCCCUCACGUUCCAGUCUUUGAAGAUCAUAAGGAGGUUGCACUCAGACAUGAUCAACUUUCCUGUCACAGCAGAGUUCAAGCAGAAGCAUUCAGUCCUCCUGUACUCUCUUCGAAUGUUGGAGGGCCGACUGCGCAAGGAUUGUCCAACUGCCAAAGAUACUGACGUACAAGAGGGUCCACUGGAGGAGACUCCAGAGCUCAAGGCACAGUUGGAUCAGGUGGAUGCAGAGUUCGAAGAGCAACUUGCGGCUGACAUUGACGAACUCAGGGCAGUUAGCCGAGCCAAGGCCCAGCGUGCCAUGGCCAAGGAGGCGGCGCAACGGCGCCUAGCGGCUGAGGAGUACUUGGCACCAGCUUUAAAAGAAGCUGCAGAUGCAGUGCUCCGAUCGGAAAGAGCUGCGCGGCGCACAGAGAUUGCAGAAGACCUCCUUCGACCUGUGGCAGUGCUUUCGUCACAGCUUGGAGCAGAGGCUUUCCGACACGAGCAGCUCCACAAGGGGAACUGCGAGCCGGCAAGCUUUGGUCCAAAGCGAAAACGACAGGAGGCAUCCUUGGGCAAGACCUUGGAGGUUGUGGAGAAUUUGCUGACCCAACUGGAUGCCGAGGAGGUGAAGAAGAUUGCAGCAGCUCCAAGCACCCUGGGCAAGGAACCUGAGUGGGAGGAAGCCUUGGAAAAAGCCUCUCGGCGGUGGAAGCUUUUCUGUGCCCAGCAUCCUGCAACAGUGCCUGAAGAGCAAGAAACGCCGCGUGGAGACAAAACUUUCUCUGCGCAGACAUCAAUUGCCAGCACGCUUGCGCUUGAUUCGCUUGAUGGCUUGGAGGACGAAGUGGAAGAAGCACCAAAGAAGUUGCCACCGCCGCCACCCAGGAAGCAGGCUCCCAACCGGCCACCAAGUGCCGGGAGCAGCCGGCCUCCAGCUCCAGUUGCCAAGCCAAGUGCUAAACCAGCAGCCCAGCCCGGAGCAAACCCUCAAGCCUCCGGCCAAAGCACCAAAAAGGGUGCUGCUUUGCUGGAAAAGUUGGAUGAGUUGUCUGCCACCAUGGACCGUACCUUGGGCAAGAACUCUGCCCUCAAGAGCACCACACAAAGUGUUGGUGGCCGCGGCCUGAAGCCUCCAGGAAUUGGAAAAGGAAAGCGAUGA